AUGAUGGCUGCAGAGGUACCGAGAGUAACCACCCCCCUGAGCCCCUUGGUCCAGGGGCCUCAAGCAGAAGAACAGGAGGAGGUCACCACCAUGAUCCUGGAGGACGAUUCGUGGGUGCAGGAAGCAGUAUUGCAGGAGGACGGCCCGGAGUCUGAGCCCUUUCCCCAGAGUGCUGGCAAGAGGAGCCCCCACGGGGAGGCCACUGGAGGGCCGCAGGGCGCACUUGGCCGCCUCCGAGAGCUCUGUCGGCGCUGGCUGAGGCCGGAAGUGCACACCAAGGAACAGAUGCUGACCAUGCUACCAAGGGAAAUUCAGGCCUGGCUGCAAGAGCAUCGUCCCGAAAGCAGCGAGGAGGCCGUAGCCUUGGUGGAGGACUUGACCCAGACCCUUCGGGAUGGCGAUUUCGAGAUCCAGAGUGACAGUGGGGAGAACUCUAAUCAGGAUCUGUUUGAGGAUGUGGAAUCACAUGAGAUGUUCUCAGAAAUGCCCGAAGGAGAAGGCAUCCAGCAGUCCGACUGGGAAAGUGACUCUGAGAGAGACUGUGGCUCCAGGGGGCCCCAGGGGAACGCCCGGCGAGAGGAUCGCAGGGAGGCGCCGGUCCAGGGCAGGGAAGUGGGGCAGCUCAUCGGCCUUCAGGGCACCUACCUGGGUGAGAAGCCCUACGAGUGUCCCCAGUGUGGGAAAACCUUCAGCCGGAAAUCCCACCUGAUCACCCACGAGCGGACCCACACAGGAGAGAAAUACUACAAAUGCAACGAAUGCGGGAAAAGCUUUAGCGAUGGUUCUAACUUCAGCAGACACCAAACCACCCACACGGGGGAGAAACCUUACAAAUGCAGAGACUGUGGGAAAAGCUUUAGCCGGAGCGCAAACCUCAUCACCCACCAGCGGAUCCACACGGGCGAAAAGCCCUUCCAGUGCGCCGAGUGCGGCAAGAGCUUCAGCAGGAGCCCCAAUCUCAUCGCCCACCAGCGAACGCACACGGGCGAGAAGCCCUACUCGUGCCCCGAGUGUGGGAAGAGCUUCGGCAACCGGUCCAGCCUGAACACGCACCAGGGCAUCCACACGGGCGAGAAGCCGUACGAGUGCAAGGAGUGCGGCGAGAGCUUCAGCUACAACUCCAACCUGAUCCGCCACCAGAGGAUCCACACGGGCGAGAAGCCCUACAAGUGCCCCGACUGCGGCCAGAGGUUCAGCCAGAGCUCGGCGCUCAUCACGCACCGGAGAACGCACACGGGCGAGAAGCCCUACCAGUGCGGCGAGUGCGGCAAGAGCUUCAGCCGCAGCUCCAACCUGGCCACGCACCGCCGGACGCACCUGCUCGAGAAGCCCUACAAGUGUGGCGAGUGCGGCAAGAGCUUCAGCCAGAGCUCCAGCCUCAUCGCCCACCAGGGCACGCACACGGGCGAGAAGCCCUACGAGUGCCUGACGUGCGGGGAGAGCUUCAGCUGGAGCUCCAACCUGCUCAAACACCAGCGCGUGCACACGGGCGAGAAGCCGCACAAGUGCGCCGAGUGCGGCAAGGGCUUCAGCCAGCGCUCGCAGCUCGUGGUGCACCAGCGGACGCACACGGGCGAGAAGCCCUACAAGUGCCUCAUGUGCGGCAAGAGCUUCAGCCGGGGCUCCAUCCUGGUCAUGCACCAGCGCGCGCACCUGGGCGACAAGCCGUACCGCUGCCCCGAGUGCGGCAAGGGCUUCAGCUGGAACUCCGUCCUCAUCAUCCACCAGCGCAUCCACACCGGGGAGAAGCCCUACAAGUGCCCCGAGUGCGGCAAGGGCUUCAGCAACAGCUCCAACUUCAUCACCCACCAGAGAACGCACGCCAAAGAGAAAAUGUACUGAGCCGGCGGGGCCCAGCCACGGGGCCCUGGAACAGCGACAUCGGUGCAGGAGAGCCGUUCUUCCCCAGGGGCCUCUGGGGACUUGGGCCAGCAUCUCACCCUCGCUCGCCCUCGUUCUUAACACCCUCUGCCAUCUCGGUGGGCAGAGUCAAACGCCCAGAACAGAGGACAGGGAUGGAAGGUCACAGAGUGGGGUCUCUGUUUCCCUGCAUGACACUCAGUUGGCUUCCUCUCUCCUGGUCCUCCAUGCCUCAGUUUCCUCUUUGUAGCGUAGGGGGAGUGUUUCUUGGGGGGUACAGAAGACAGCGUGGCCCACAGCCCAGGCUGAGGCCUCAGAAAUACUGGAAAGCGAUAGGUGUGGUCUGGUGGUUCUGCUGCCACUUGGUCGGGUUAAGGUGCCUUCGCCCCAAGCUGCUGGCAUGCCAGGGGGUCAGGUCAGAAGUGGCUCUUCCUGGCCUUUUGUCUUGGGCUUUGAUUUCAGGUCAAGGUAGGUGGGCUUUUCUGAGUCAUCCACAGGAAGGUAAAGCCCUUCUUUCUGUAGAAAGUGUCAGGGACACCGAGACGUGAGCAAGUAUGCCCUGGAACCAGUGUCCCAGUAGCCUUUCCAUUGAUAAGAGCUAAAGAGGGCCCACCAGGGAUGGUAGAAGAGGCAAUGUACACAUUUGCUUGUGUCUCUGCUCACUGUCCUGUGCUAAGUCGGCUGCCAGGGGAAUGCGCUAGUUUUUGUGGGGUUUUGUUUUUUUGAGUGGGAAAUCGGGGACCCCCCAGCCACCUACCCCUGGUGGGUGGUGGGUUCUGUCUCUUCAAGGGUGAAAGAGUCCUGCACCCUUCAGGGUGGGCUUGUGUCUUUACCCCCACAGAUACCAGCCCCCAAAUCAUCUCUCUAUGCACUUGUCAUUCUCCCAUUCUUCUCGUUUUUAUUUUAUAUGUGCAGGGCUAGAAUUCUGUCUGGUAGCUUUUGUAUACUUUCAUAUUUUUAAGGAAGUGUUGAUUUUGAGGACACUUCCUCUGUCCUCUGGACAGAUGUGGGCCUGAAUCAGGAGUUGUCCUACAGGUGUCACCCUUGAUCUCCGGAUGCUACCAGGGCUUUGUUCUUGGGUCCUUGAGACUUGAAACCAUAAAGACCGGGGGAUGCUAACAGGUCAAGGGGUUUGUUAUAGGGAAGAGGAGAACGGAGAAGGUGUUUCUGGGAGAUAUGAAACCACCUCCUCCAGUGCAUGGAGCCCAUGCUCACAAUGGGCCUUGGUUCUUAUAGAAUGGAUGCUCAAGAUUUCCUAAUAAAAUAGAGUCCCAUUCUUUUUCUGCAUCUGCCUUUCAAUGUGAACUUGACUAUUAGCAAACCCACACCUCACUUCCCACCCACUCACCUCCUGCCUUAGGCCGAAAGUGGUCCAAGACCUUCAGGGAAUAAAAAUCAGUGGUUUCAAAGAACGCACCUUUGGGUGAACCGAGAUCUGUGUGCUUGACCAAUGCACACCUGUCCACUGUCCUUUGCCAGCUGUGCAUUCAGUCUGUCAGCUAAGACUUGGAGUGGCAGCUUUGGCUAAGGAGCCAGGUGGCCUCCUAAGGAGGCCAUUGGGAAUCAUCUCUAUCCAGAAUCAACUAGAUUAGACACAAGGAGGACAUUUCUUU